AUAAUUUUAUAGGAUAAGAUGUUUGGUCCGGAAGUUGUUAUCACAGGGAUCUCUGGACGGUUUCCAGAGAGUGACAACAUUGAUGAAUUCCGGGAGAAUCUCUUUGCUGGAAAAGACAUGGUCACUGAAGAUGACCGAAGAUGGCCACCAGGUCUGUUCGGUCUUCCAAAACGGAAUGGUAAGUUAAAAGACAUAUCUAGAUUUGAUGCAUCAUUUUUCGGUGUACACGCAAAGCAGGCCGAUGUCAUGGAUCCACAACUUCGACAUUUAUUAGAACUCACCUAUGAGGCUAUUGUCGAUGCAGGGAUGAAUCCCCAGGAACUGCGCGGCUCGAAGACAGGGGUGUUCAUCGGCCAAACGUUCAGUGAGGCCCAAGAAUACUUUGCACAGGACCCAGACACAUUUACGGGUUAUUCCCUUACCGGUACUUCUAGAGCAAUGAUAGCCAACAGGGUAGCCUACGUUUUCGACUUCAAAGGUCCCAGCUAUUGCCUUGACACGGCAUGUUCAUCAGCGCUGUUCGCCCUCCAACAAGCUGUGACUGCAAUCCAACGCGGAGAUUGCGAUGCGGCGAUAGUAGGUGGAGUCAACCUUCUCAUAAAGGCACAUACGUCAUUGCAGUUUCAGAGGCUUAGUAUGCUGAGCCCUCGGGGGACAUGCAGGGCAUUCGAUUCCACAGGUGAUGGAUACGUCCGCAGCGAGACUACUGCAGUACUGUUCUUACAAAAGACAAACGACGCUCGAAGGAUCUAUUCAACCAUUGUGAGGGCGAAAACAAACACAGAUGGGUUCAAAGAACAGGGGAUAACUUACCCAGCCGGGGCGAUGCAGAAACGGCUCAUAGAGGACGUCUUCAGCGGGAUACCUGUCAAACCGGAGGAGGUGUCUUACGUAGAGGCUCAUGGCACUGGAACCAAAGUAACAGUUCCAUUACAUAUAUUUCUAAAUAGUCCUAAUGAAUAUCUCUAAAAAUUAAGUAAUCUAGUAAUGAUGAAAAUAAAAUAAUGUAUUACACACAAUAAG